CUUUGCUUUAAGUCUUUUGACUCACUAGAGAGAAGGAAAGUUACUGUCUCUCGGCUCUUUCUCCUCGACUUACAGCUUCCCCAUGGAGUCUCAAAACAGUCAUUUCACAUAUCUAAAUGCCAUCAGAGACUCGGAAACGGCACUCUACGAAGCUCUAUGGCAUGCAUGUUCUGGUCCUUUGGUGACCGUUCCUCGUGCAGGAGAACGUGCCUUCUACUUUCCUCAAGGACACUUGGAACAGGUUGAGGCAUUUACUAAUCAGGUAAUAGACCUGCCAAGGUGCGAUCUUCCAUCCAAGAUCCUCUGCCGUGUAAUUAACGUCCAAUUAAAGGCUGAUCCAGAGACUGAUGAGGUGCUUGCACAAGUAACCUUACUGCCUGAAAUAAAUCAAGAAGAGAAUGAUGCAGAGAUGGAGCCCCCACUUCCCCCACUGCCCGAGUUCCUUGUACAUUCCUUCUGCAAAACCUUGACUGCCUUAGAUACAAGCCUCCAUGGUGGAUUUUCAGUGCCCAUGCGUUUUGCAGAUCAAUGUCUCCCACAAUUGGACAUGUCAAGGCAACCGCCUAGCCAGGACUUGAUUGCCAGGGAUUUGCUAGGAAAUCAGUGGCGUUUCACGCAUAUCUAUAGGGGUCAACCACGAAGGCACUUGCUAACAAGUGGUUGGAAGGAUUUUGUCAGCUCCAAAAGGCUUGGUGCUGGGGAUGCGUUUGUAUUUCUAAGAGGUGAAAAUGGAGAACUAUGUGUUGGUGUGCGACGUGCGAUGAAGCCACGGAGCAAUGUUUCCGCCUCAAUUUCAAUUCCUGAUAUGUACCUUGCAGUGCUUGCUACUGCAUGGGAGGCCUUGGCAAGAAGAACCAUGUUCACCAUAUCUUACAAACCUAGGACAAGCCCUGCAGAAUUCAUCAUUCCAAUUGAUCAGUACAUGAAUUCAGUGAAGAACAAUUACACGAUAGGGAUGAGAUUCCAAAUGAAAAUUAACUGGGAGGGAUGUCCAGAGCAGAGUGGUACCAUUGUUGGAAUUGAAGAUGCUGACCCCAUAAAGUGGCCAGGUUCCAAAUGGAGAUGCCUCAAGGUGAGAUGGGAUGGAACUUGUAGCACAACUCCUCCGGAAAGAGUUUCACCUUGGAAAAUAGAACUUGCUCUAACUUACCCUAUAUUGAGUCCUCUUCCAAUGCCCUGGCCUGAAUCAAAUAUGGUGCCCUUGUCUCCUGAUUCCUCUGUUCUUACCCAGGAAGGUUCAUUGAGAGUAACUAUCCAGCCUCCACAAGGAAGUGGCUUUUCAAGGGUCUCGCAAUGUCAUAAAAUCUCGACCUUUGGAGACAACUUUGCUAAGAUGAAUGAGCCUACCACCGCUGAAGAUUCAGUCAUGCAGCCUCUAUUUGUACACGAAAAGAAAUUUGAUAUGGUUUCUGCUUCAAUGAGUAAUGAACCAACAAACACAGAAUAUCUCUUAAAUUCGGGCUCAAGCAAUUCCGAUUCCUGGUGUUGUUGUCCACUCUUUGUUGACGAAACCUUAGCAACAGCUAAUUCCACGAGAAAGCAACUGCUAGAUCAAGAAGAAAAGCAUAGCCUGCUUGUGAGCCCACGGUCCCUCAUGCCUCCUGCUCUGCCGGCCCAAUUGGCAGACACAUUUGGUAGAAUUUUUAUAUGAAACUUCUGGCACUACCAUCUUGAAGUCAACUUUCUCAUGCUAUUAAAACUUCUAAUGCGUUUGGCGAAAUGGGAAAAAGGACAGAAAGAAAAGCGAGGAUGGAGAUGCAAAGGAAAAUGAUACCAGCCAACGAGAGCGUAAAAACUUUCUUGUUUGGACUUUCAGGA